UACUUAUUCAACCGUAACAUAUAUACAAAAAUAACAAAACGGUACAUGUGUUUACGUGGCGGGUAUGUACAUUAUGGCUCAUCCUGAAAUUGUAGUCUAUUAUUGACUUAAUGCAGAAUCCACUGUAGUCUAUUAAAUUGGUGCAGAACUCACUGAGGUCAGUACCUCCGAGGAGUAAUACCUAUCGUAAUCCGGGGAUUAAUCAGGUGUAAAAGGAUGCCAGACGGAGAGACCAUGUCAUCAAAGGCGAAGGAGUGUUUACAUGGCAUGGUCAAGGCCAUGACGCGCAAGAAAAAACUGACAGAUGAUAUGUACGAGACGCCAUUGAAAAGAUGCCUUACCACGUUUGAUCUCACGUUACUCGGGAUUGGUCACAUGAUAGGUGCUGGUGUUUAUGUUCUAACUGGAACCGUAGUCAAGGAUUUAGCUGGACCGUCUGCUAUUUUGUCCUACCUCUUUGCGGGCUUUGUUGCUUUGUUAGCUGCCCUUUGUUAUUCGGAAUUUGGCGCCAGAGUACCAAAAGCGGGAUCGGCUUACACGUACACGUUUGUCGCUAUUGGAGAACUUAUGGGUUUCAUAAUUGGAUGGAAUAUUAUUCUAGAACAUUUACUAGGGGCAUCAUCUGUAGCCCGAGCCUGGAGUGGUGCAAUUGAUUCCCUUUUUAAUGGUACUAUAAGAACUGGAAUUAUAGAAAAUAUCGGACACUUAGGAAAAGAUUCCAAGUGGAUCUCUGAUUAUCCCGAUUUUAUCGCUUUCGCAAUAUCAAUAAUCAUUUUUAUUGUAAUAGCAUCUGGAGCAAAGUUUACAAUGAACUUUAACAACGUUUUUACUUUAAUCAACGCAAUUGUUAUAAUAUUUGUCAUUUGCGCUGGAUUUUACUUCGCUGAUCUUGCAAACUGGACUGAUCCAAAAAGAGGUGGAUUCUUCCCGUAUGGUUUCGGAGGAACAUUAUCUGGUGCAGCUACAUGCUUCUUUGCAUACGUAGGAUUUGAAGGAAUUGCAGUUGCUGGGGAAGAAGCGAAAAAGCCCGAAAAGUCUAUCCCACUCGGCACUUUUCUUGCGUUAUCUAUCGUAUCCCUAUUGUAUGUUCUAGCAACAAUUUCAUUAACCCUUAUGGUAGAGCACACUGAAGUUUCGCCUACAGCAGCAUUCCCGAUGGCAUUUGCAACACGUGGGGCCCAUUGGAUAAAAGUAAUUGUUGCAUUUGGCACUCUGUUUGGACUAACAACUUCACUGUUAGGAUCUGCUUUCUCCGUCACAAGAGCAAUUUAUGCAAUGGCUUCAGAUGGUUUGUUGUUUUCUGUUUUAGGUUAUGUUCAUCCAAGAACACAAACGCCCGUCGUCGGAAUUGCUGUCUUUGGAUUGAUAUCAGCGUUCAUGUCCUUGAUGUUUGAAAUGGAAACUCUUGUAGAAUUCAUGUCGAUUGGAACACUGUCUGCGUACACUAUUGUAGCUGCUGCUGUUAUAAUCGUCCGGUACCAGUCUGUUGGAGACUGUCAGUUUAAAUUAAAACCGGAAGAGGAAGACUUAGAUACCGCAGCAUCUGGUGUAAAUGAAGAAAGUGCAAUAAUUAAAAAAUCUAAAAGUCAUGACGAUUUUGGAAAAUUGAAAGAAAAACUACGCCACCUUCCAAUUCUUAAAACAGUACCAGCAGGUAGAGCAGCUCUAUAUGCCACAUAUUCGAUUAUUGUUUUUAUUAUAUCUUUUUGUUUAAUUUUAAUAGUAGGAUUUGAUUAUCUCCGAGCAGGUGCUUGGUGGGCUAUCCUGUUAGAAAUACUGUUUGCAGCUGGUAUGGUUAUUUGCUAUCUAAUCAUGAUUGCACAUGAGAAAAAUGAUGCAUUUAUAACAUUUCAGAUGCCAUUUGUUCCAGUAAUACCAUGUCUCAGUAUGUUUUGUAAUGUUUGUUUGAUGAUGACGUUAAACCACUUGACGUGGAUCCGACUAGCCAUUUGGAUAGCUAUAGGUUUGUUGCUGUAUUUCUGUUAUGGUAUCUGGCACAGUCACGAGCGUAAUCAACCGGAAGUCUAUGAUCAGAUGAUAAAUUAUACAGGCGAUGCAGAACUGACUACUUCCAUGCAAAGAUUGGAAGAAGAUAUACGAGAGCAACAACCAAAACGUAACACAGACGAAGCUUACGUCCAAGAUUCAUAUGGUUCUAUGUAAAGCCUCCAUUUCAAAAUAUAAAGCAUUGUGGGUGUUGUUACGUAUGGAAUAUGUAUAGCCACCUUUUCAAAUUCUAAAGGAAUGUUGAUUAUGUUACGUACACGAUUCAUAUGGUUCUAUGUAGCCCACCUUAUGGUUCUAUGAAAGCUACCAUUUCAGAUUUGAAAGAAUUGCUCUUGAUGUUAUGUCAAAUACUCGUAUGGAUCUAUGUUAAACCAUCUUUUUAGAUAUGAAAAAAAAUAUUAAUAAUUGUACGUACAUGAUUCGUAUUGAUCUAUGUAUAGCCACUUUUUAAAAUCUAAAGAUUUGUUGGGUAUUUUACGUACACUAUUCAUAUAGAUCUAUGUACAGCCACCAUUUCAGAGUUUAAAGCAUUGUUUGUAACGUUACCAUGGUUACUUACAAGAUUCAUAUGUAUCUAUGUAAAGCCACCAUUUUAAAAUCUAAAGCAUUGUUGGUGAUUUUACUAGUAUGUACAAGAUUCAUAUGGAUUAAUGUAAAGCAACCAUUUUAAAAUCUAAAGCAUUGUUGGUAAUGUUACAAGUAUAUACAAGAUUCAUAUGGAUCUGUAUAAAGCCACCAUUUUGAAAUCUAAAGCAUGGUUGUUAUUGUUACAAGUAUGUACAAGAUUCAUAUGCAUCUUCGUAAAACCAGUAGGUAAACCAGUUGUUAGUAAUAUAUUCCAAAGUUUACAAUAAAAUUAUCAUUAGUCCUUAAGAUUUUAAAACUGCAAAUGCAAAAGAUGUCAUAAGAAUGAGAGGUAUCGACAAUAUUUACAUCCUAGAUGUAUUUACUGUUGUAAAUAGCAAAAAUGUCCCAUGAUAAAGGUGGUAUUGUGCAAUAGUUUACCUGCUAGUUGUUUCUGUUUAAAACCUGGCUAUAACCUGGCAACAUUAACAGCUUAACCAUUCAUAAGGCUUUAAAGGUAGACAAGUAAUUGAGUGAUCUGAUAAAUAAAAAAAACUGUAUAUAUCAAAACAUUAUUUAUUUCUCGAAAAGCUAGUUUCUAUUUUUCUAAGAAAAAACGAGUGAGGAAAAUAUUUUUGUUUAAAAUUGAAAUAUUUAGUAACAUUAAAAAGGUCUUAAAUUACCCGACCGUGGGAAUAGAGUGUAAUGAAGCACAUUCGUGUCAGUUUAAAAAGGUUAUAUUAUUCCUAAAUCUGUAAAAAAAAAAAAGCUUUAAUUGUUAACAUAGCUGCAAGGUUUUUAAAUGUCAAGGGUAUGUACAUCAUUUAGUUGGACGCUGCCAAAAUACAUCUUUGUUUCGUUCAAGUUGACUGUACUGUGUACAAGUAGAGUACAAGUAGAUUAUAUACAAACACUUAAGAUGAACUUGAUUUUUGUAAUGAUCAGCAUCAUGGUAUAUUUUUUAUGAUUUAUUUUCGCCAUACAUUGUAUAUAAUGAUUUCAUAUUCAUUGUAAGUUCAUAUUCAUCAGUACUCUGAUGUAAUUUAUUUGAAAUUGAAGAUGAAAACCACUUAUUUUUCAACUGUCCUUCAUACAAUCUGGAUCUGCGGAUCUAUAUAAACACCCUUAAAAGAGUGAAGUGAACAUAGUCUUCAUUUGAAUGAUUGCAGUAUAUUGUUCUUUUUUUUUAUUAUUAUUAAAAACUGAUUACGAUAUAUAAUGAUGUCGGAUAAUAUCAAUUGUUUUGUGUAUUACUUAUGCUUGCUUGUGAAUGGUAUCAUCAUAUGUAACAUCUAUAAUAAUCUUAUUACAUUGGAAACUUUAUUGAACUUCAUGUAACUACAUAUUGUGUUGUUAUACAUAUUGGUAUAAAAAUGGUCCGUAAAUAAGGGCAACAGUAGCAUACCGUUAUUUCCUAAUCAUGAUAGUUUGAUUAAGUAAAAACAAAUUCGGGUCACAAAGUUAAAUCGAGGAAAAUACAUCAGGUGUAAGGAGAGUUGUUGGAUUGGCUAUUUUAGCGCAUCUUCCUUUUUAUAACCUGUUAUUUUCCCCCCCUGUGUUUUGUAAAUUUCAACUGAUUUAUUUUAUAAUUUUGAUGAACAAAUGUAAGUAUCAUUAUGCACACCUAAUAUGCAAUGGAUUGACAUGAACAUUUCACGCCAAAUUGAACACCAAUUAUGAAAAGGAUCAACCAUUGCUUCAAGCUUAAGGCUUUGCAAAUACAACUGUUUCUCAAAACACGCCUCUUUUGGGGAGAUCUUGAAUAUUCAUAGAAAAUUAAUUUUUGUUUACAUACUGGUUCCCAGUUAUGCUCUCUGUGUACCAUCUCAUAGAGACAUAACUUUGGAAUGUUACCAGUACAUUUACAUGUGCAUUUUGUGGAUAGUUGUCUCAUUGGCAAUCAUACCACAUCUUCUUUUUUAUAUAUAUUGUUUACAUAGAGAUCUGUGAUAACCUUUCAUUCGAGGAGGGGGUAGUGUUAGUUUAAACUCUGAGAAGUUCAGGGCAUAUAAACGGUAAAAAUAUGCCGCACAGCCCUAUAUUUUGACCUUUGAAAAAAAUUGUGGUGCAAAUUAACUUUCAAUUCUAGGAUAAGAUUUUUUUCAAAACUUCAUAGUAAAAGUGGUACAGUUUGAGUCGUAAAAGGAGUUCCUAUGGGAGAUUGCAGUGUCAAUAUUUACAGUAAUGCAACAUUAAAUCGACCUUCUACUAUAAACGAAAAUAAUAUUUGUAUAAUGUUAACUUAACAGCACAAAGAUG